AACAAUUUAUUGUAGUCAACUGAGUGUUUCGAUAGUCGAGUUAUUGUAAAACUAUUAAAAAUGGUUUUCGUAUUUCCUGAAGCGAAAUUAAUGAAAUAUCAUCUAUAAACAUUAUCAAAUCCAGCAAAAAUGAAUGGAGGAAUGGAGCAUAGAACACCUGGUCACAAUGUAGUGCUUCACAAAGCACCUAAAAACUAUAAAUUACUUAUGGAUCCAUUCCUUAUAAAAGGAGCAACAAAAUUGUAUCGUUAUGAUGGUUUUGUUCCUGGUGACCCUACAUAUCCACCAGUUCAAAGUAGAGAUCCAAGGUCUCAGCUAUCCAGAAUAUGGAACAGAUUGGAACCAGCUGAUUUACCUGUACCUAGGUUCAAGAUUGAUAAAAACUAUGUCGGAACGCCUCCUCAAAUUGAAAUUACAAUAGGGAAUUUGAAUGAUAAUAUCGAUAAAGCUUUUUUAGCUGAUAUGAUGAAUAAAGUUGGCCCAUUUGAGGAAUUAACUAUAUUUUAUCAUCCAGUAACAAAUCGUCACUUAGGAUUUGCUAGAAUAGUUUUUCAAGAAGUAAAGUACUCCAGGAUGUGUGUGGAAAAAUAUAAUGGGAAAUCUGUUAUGGGCCAGGUACUAGAAGUCUUCCAUGAUGCAUUUGGUAAAAAAUGUCAAGAGCUCUUUGAAAAUAAGACAAUGGAAAAGAAACCACAGCUGUCAACUAUAAUUCCUAAGCCACCGAUACUAGAAGAAGUGAGAAUUCAAAAACCAUUGGAUCCCAUGCUCACAAAGCGAUUAGAAGAUACAAAAAUUAACGAAAAGGAUUUACCAUAUCCCCGCUACAAAGAUGUGGAACAGAGUGAUAGUAAUACUCGGUGGUCUGAUGAUGAACGUGAGUAUAGACAUCGGCAUCGUAGUAGGAGCGACAGAGACCGAGAUAAAGAUAGAGAUAGAGAAAGAGACAAGGACAGAGACAGCAAACGAUGCCGAAGGAAAUGCAGGAGAAAGUAUAGAGAAAGAGAAAGAGAAAGAGAGAGGUACGCGCGCAGUACGACGGAUAGUACUGAGCCCGCUUACACAGCGCCGAGUCACGCCCCCGACGUGUCCUAUACCCCGGCUCCUGCUGUACCAUAUGAUCCUUACUACCAACAGGGGUACGGGUACGGGUACACCGCGAGCAGCACGCCCGGCGCCGUGUGGUGGGGAGACUGGAGACACCCGCAGCACGGACAUCACUCACAUUUGGAGGGAGCCACGAGUGGCGCUAGUUGGACCGCCGCCCCCGCCCCGGCUCCCGCCCCCGCGCCGCACCCGCCCCCCGCCGCCGUCACCGCGCCCCCGGAACGCUCGCCCGAGCCGACCCCGGGACUCGACAAUCAUAAGGAAACGCCGUCGGUUGAGAAUAAAGUGGUUGAUGUAGUGGAACCUCAUCCUCCCGAAGACGAGGCAGACGGCAAAGAACCUGAGACGAAGCCUCCCCCUCCUGCUGAAGAAUCUAAAAAUGUUGAUCUUGAUACUAGAAUAGCGAUGUUGCUCAAAGGCGCUACCGGCGGUGGGGGGCUCGCCCCUCCUUUCUUGUCUCUAGGAAUGUCUUCGGAAGAAGAAGACGAUGAUAGAUUGCCUUCGAAAAUACCAGAUCUUGAUGCACACAACCCUCCCACUGACGAUGAAGGUUCAGCCAGUGAAGACAGAGAGAGCAUAGUAUCUGUUUCGCAAACAAGCGAAGUUGACCCCGAGCCCUUGUCCACAACACCCUCGCCGUACUUAUCCAGAGAAUUAUAUUUGGAGUGUCUCAAGAUAACUGUGGCUAAAAAAGCGAGACAGCAACAACGCAAGCUACUUCCGGCGAUAGACAAGAUCGGGUCCGACAUAUCGUCCUCCGAAGACGAGCUGCUGACGGGCGAGGAGCCGAGGCGCUCUCCGGCCGCGCCGCCCAGUCAAGAUCGCGACCAAGACAACUUAGAUGACGAUCAGAUGUCGCUGUCAUCAUUAUCUUCGACGGAGGCUAAAAUUGAAGAGCAAGUGCCCGCAGAGGCGUACUACUACCCACCACAUCCGCCACAUCCGCACUACUACCAGACGCCGAUGUGGCCUCAUACAGCGUACCCGCCCCCUCCGUACCGGGCGGGCGCGGCGGGCGAGGUGCCGUACGGUGCGGCGCCGGGCUUCCCGCCGCCCGUGCUGCCGACACACUACGCCACCUACAGCGGCCCGCAGACACAUGCGCAGGAAUUAGAUAAUCCCCACUUUUCAACGAUAAACAGCGUAAUAGAACGAGUCACGGCUGAGUUAAAACAAAUACUGAAGAAAGACUUCAACAAGAAAAUGAUAGAGAACACCGCCUUCAAAAACUUCGAGGUUUGGUGGGACGAACAGAGCAGGAAAAUGAGACAGGUCAAGCCUAAAGAAGAUAACCAACCUUUACAGGAUAUUUCCAAUAAAAAAGAGGAAGCUGUGGAUUCUAUAAAGUCGAUAAUGGAGUCUCGAGAGCUGGGUCUAGAUCUGGGUGGUUACGGUAUUGGUAUAGGUCUGGGCUUGCGCGCUGCUAUACCCAAAAUGCCAAGCUUUAGAAAAAAAAGGAAGAUUCCUUCGCCUGUUCUUAUGGAUGAGGACUCGUCGAAGAGGCUCAGUGAUCAGGAAGAGAUGGUGCAGCAUUCGGACGAGGAAAAAGAAGUUCCGACCAGCCCUAGGAACAGAAGUACAGGAUCAUAUUUGUCUAGGAGUAGGAGACGACAGUCCAGCAGUUCAUCUAGGUCAUCAUCAUCAUCAUCAAGUAGGUCGGAUGAGUCGGAGGAAUCAGAGUCGGAACACAAGGGUCCCGCGCCCCGGAUAUAUUCUGAUACUGAUGACGAUUCAGAACUAGACGAGGCUGAGCUCAAGGUUGUGUCAAAUAAAGAAAGGUUAAGACGUGUCUACUCGUCUUCUGACAGCGAAGAGGAGAGCAGAAUGAGAGAAAAGACUCCAAUACCGCCUGUAGAAGCGUCAGACACGGAAGAGAGGUUAGGAUCGCCCAUCAUGUCUCCUGAAGGGCCACGAGAUUUAAUAUUGGAUCGAGUGUACUCUGACUCUGAAGAAGAGAGGGAAUAUCAGGAAAGGCGAAGACGAAACACCGAGUACAUGGAACAAAUAGAACGAGAAUUCUUGGAAGAACAACGACAGAAGAUGGAAGUCGACACCCAGCCGCAGCCUGAGAAACCUCCCGACGACAGUACACACGACAGCAAACCAGAUGCACCCAUAAGCAGUCCAAUUAAGAAUCACAUUAAAUCUCCCGAGAAGAAGCCGGACACGGAAAUCGAAGACGGCGAGAUCACUUCGGAGGACGAGACGCUCAAAAGUCGUAGGAAGAAGGAGCGACGCUCUAAGAAAAUUGAAAAACGACAGCGAGCUAUCUCCGCAAGCGACAGUAACACCGAGACCGCCAAUGGAGUUAAUGGUGUUAAGGAUGGUAGCAGCGCUGUGUCGGAGACGUGGUCGCCGCAGUCACAGACGUCACAAGCGUCCCAGGCGUCACAACUGUCGCAGGCGUCUCAAGCGUCUCAAGUGGCGCUCGACCACUCGUACUGCAGGCCGCCGCCCGACGCAGAACCGAGACUCUCCAACCAUCUGCAUCAUGAUCACGGUUACACAUGGAUGGCCGAACCAGAAAGCACCUCUCCUGUCCCGGAGCCACCGCAAACUGAAUCCAGUAACCAAGAGAAGAGACCUUAUAAACGGAAACAUGAAACCAAAAAAUUAUCUGAGAUACAAAACAAGCUACACGAGCCGGCGGCGGGGGGCGUGCAGUUCGCGGCGCGCGAGAUCAUGGGCGAGAUGACGGUGAUGUACGAGUUCCUGACGCGCGGCAUCGACCGCGAGGACGUGGAGUACCUGCGCCGCGCGUACGAGGCGCUGCUCAGCGGCGACGCGCACGGCUACUGGCUCAACGACACGCACUGGGUCGACCACCCGCCCACCGACGUGCUCUACGGCCCGCCCAGGAAGAAGUCCAAGCGGCACAACAACAUCUACGAGGACCUACAGGGUCACUCGAGUGGGUCGGCGCGGACGGAAGGAUACUACAAGCUGGACGCGAAGAUAAAAGCCAAGUACAAGUAUCACCACGGGCGCACCACCGCCGCCGCGAUACAAGCGCCGCCUGAUGAUAAGAAAGCUUCCAAGAUGCAACUGCUAUCGAGGGAAGCUAGGUCAAACCAGAGGAGAUUGCUCACGGCUUUCGGAACCGACACGGACUCCGAUCUUCUGAAAUUCAAUCAGCUCAAGUUCAGAAAGAAGCAGCUUAAGUUUGCUAAGUCUGGUAUCCACGACUGGGGCCUGUUCGCUCAGGAGCCGAUAGCGGCGGACGAGAUGGUGAUCGAGUACGUCGGGCAGAUGAUCCGGCCCAUAGUGGCGGACGUACGCGAGGCGCACUACGAGGCCACCGGCAUCGGCAGCUCCUACCUCUUCCGCAUCGACCUCGACACCAUCAUCGACGCCACCAAGUGCGGGAACCUCGCCCGGUUCAUCAACCACAGUUGUAAUCCGAAUUGCUACGCUAAAAUCAUAACAAUUGAGUCACAGAAGAAAAUCGUGAUAUAUUCAAAACAGCCGAUCGGUGUCGACGAGGAAAUUACAUACGACUACAAGUUCCCGCUCGAAGAUGAGAAAAUUCCGUGCUUAUGUGGCGCGCCGCAGUGUCGCGGCUUCCUCAAUUAAACUCCUGUACAUAAUCCUCAUAUGUUUUUCCGAUUACAUUAUGAUAUGAUUUCCUACUAAAAAGAUUUUAAUGUAAAAUUAUGAUUUGUCUAUUAAGACUAAUUUCACACGCAAAUUCCUCAGACAUCUACUGUACAUCAUAUUACUGGUGGUAGGACCUCUUGUGAAUCCGCGCGGGUAGGUACCACCACUCUGCUUAUU